CAUUGUACGACAUUUAAACGUCUUAAAUCCGAAGAAGAAGAGGAGUGCUCCUGAAAAGCGGUCGGAUUCAGAACAUGUUUAUUUCAAUAUUUACGAAAAUUAUAAAGAGAAGUGAAAAUCAAACAGAUAAAAGUGAGUCACAGAAAAUGCUGUUUUGCUAGUACGUUUUUCAGCCUUUUCCUUGCUGCAGUGGUUGAACAAUGCAAUGGAUACAGGCGAAGAGCUUCAGGAAUCACCAAUGAUUCACGGAAAAGAGCAACCGAGGCCUCGAAUUGACAGAAGUGCGCCGUCCAGCAGCAGCCAGACCCCUGGCACGCCCCUUUCUCCGAUGGAUCCCAUGAACACGCUCUCGAACUUCGAAUCAGAGAUGGAACCUGACGGCCAGGGCAGUUACUCGCUGUUCCCCGCCUUGGAUAACAUGGCCAGCUUGUCCGGCACGUCAGAAACUCUGGAGGCUGAACCACCAAGUGAUGUGUCAGACAAACCCAACCUUACAUGGCUGGAUGCUGCUCAGAUUGUUCUGGAAGAAGCCGGGCGACCCAUGCACAUAAAAGAAAUAAAGCAGAGGAUAAUUGACAAAGGGCUGGUGCAGUCAAAUGCAAAGUCAAGUCUAGAAGCUGUGAUGUACCGUGAGACUCAGAAAGGGAGCAAGCGCUUCAAGAGGAUUGAGAACAGAAAUGGCGUCUUUGCGCUGUUGACCGACGAGGAGCGGCAGCAGGCGCUGCGGGGCUUCGUGGCCCCGCCCUUCCUGGGCUCCCCCGGCCGGACGGCCUUCUCCAGCUCCAGCUCCGGGGCGUCGCUGCCCCCCUUCCCCUCCCCGCCCGGCCUGUCCGAGCCCCGGCCCAAAUCCAGGAAGGCCCUGCGCAAGAACCAGAAGGAGAAGUACCGGCUGAAGUACCUGCGGCUACGCAAGGCCGCGCGGGCCAUGAUAUUCGAGAACGCCGCCCUCUGUGACGAGGUGGCCCACCUGGAGGAGAAGUUUGUCCGAGCCAAGGAAGAGCGCAGGUUCCUGUUGAAAACCCUGCUGCAGUACCAGUCCCUGUCAGAGGGGGAGCUGCUCUCGGCCUCCGGCGCCAGCGCCCACGCCACCACAGCCUACGCCUCCGGCUCUGCCGGGGGGCCGUCUCUCCUCGCUGCCGGCCACGCCCUGGGCCCCGCCGUCUCCGGGGGCGACGACGGCCUCCCCAAGAAGCCCAAGAAAGAAAGGAAGGAACGAGGGAGGGAGAACGGAAAAGAGGAGGUGCUAAAGAAGGUGUCUAAGAAGAGGAAGGUGAUGGACGGGGGGGCCCGGCGGCUCGUGCAGCCCAUCCCCCUGGACUCGUCGGGACGUCCCGUCUUCCCCAUCGUCCUGGGGGGCCUGACCGUGUACAGCCUGGGGGAGAUCAUCACGGACCGGGCGCGCUUCCACGACGAGAGCGCCAUCUACCCGGCGGGCUUCUGCAGCACGCGCGUGUUCGCCAGCACCAAGAACCCCGAGCUGCAGUGCCUGUACACCUGCCAGAUCAAGGACGGCGGCGCCGGGCCUCAGUUCGAGAUCGUCCCGGAAGAGGACCCCCAGAACGCCAUAGUCGCCGGCUCCGCCCUCACUUGCCACGGCAACCUGCUGAAGGCUAUCGCAGGGAUGAGGGGUAAGCCUCUGGGCUCAGUGGUGCCGUCCGGGGCGGAUUUCUUCGGGUACUCCCAUCCCACCAUCCAGAAUCUGAUCCAGAGCUGCCCGGGCGCCAGGAAGUGCGGGAAUUACCGGUGGGUGCGUUUCGAGGUGUGUCGCCCCGGCGACGGGCGCCUCCCGCACAGCCUGUCGGAGGACGACGCCUCCAUCAACUUCGAGGCGUUCCAGCGGCAGCAGGGCUACGAGAACGCGGUGGCGCCGGAGCUGGGCGUGGCAGGACGGCCUGCACAGACGCCCGUCUCCUCGCACCCGAGACUCCUCGGCUCUCCCACCCUGCAGCCUUCCUCCUCCUCCUCUUCAUCACACUUCACCAGCUCCUGAGCCCCCCAGAGGAGACACUUGAGGCCCUUCCCCCCCCAUCCGCCAAUCAUGUGGACGUAAUUGCUGGCGGAGGACAAACUGCUUGCUCAUGAAUGUAAACACCAUUAUACGCAAACAAAAACUUUUUAACCACAGAAUCAUGGCUGUUUACUGUAAUAACUGCCUGACUGUUUCUUCAGACAGUGAAUGCAUUUAAUCAAAUCAAGGACAAGCCUUUGAGCUGCAGUGCCCCAAAAUGGAUAGACAGGCUGGCAAUUGAUUAUAGUGCCAUCUCCUGGUCUGUGUAUGUAUAGCCACUUCUCCUGGACAUUUCCUGUGCAUUUCAGGACAGCCCUGUAGUUCGGAAUUUACAUCAUGAAAAUUAAAUAAACUUUGUCUUGUAACUCACUUCAUUAAAGCCCUCUGUUCAUGAA